CCCCGCUGGUAGCGGCGGGUGGGUCUCUCCUUGCGCGGCGUCUGGAAAGGCUGCCUCUCUUUUCGGCUGGCAUGCAGCCGCCGCGGGAUCGUCCGACCCGCCCGCCGUCCUAGGACUUUGUCGGUUCCAGACUUCUAAACGCCGCUCCGCUGUUGCCUGGUUCCUGCACUGGGGGAGGGAGGGCAGACGCCUUCGCUUCCUCCAUUGCAGCAGCUGCACCAUGUCGGGGAGCCGCAGCCACGACGGGAAGCAGGCAGAGCAGGUGGAAGGCGGCGGCGGCGUUGGCGGCGGCUCCAGCUCCUCGUACCUGGAAGACGGGCAGUGCGACUCGGGCAUCGGGUCUAUCCGUUCCUUGCACAGCCAGGUUGGGGAAGGCGACCCCCGAUCGCCGGCAGCCCGGGGCGCCACGUUGGACAAGGGUCCCGAUUCCCCGUGCACCGGCAAGGAGGGGCCGGCCGAUGGGGAGGAGAGGCUCGACUCCAGCUAUGGCUCCUCGUCGCUCGUUGAGUCCCUGGCGGGACUGGAUGAGGCCCCUGUCCCUAAAAAGGAGGAGGAGGAGGAGGAAUCGGGAGAAGAAGAAGAAGAAGAAAGGGUCAGGCAGCAGCAGCAGCAGCAGCAGCUGGAGACUUUCGCUUUCGUGUCCGAAGAAGGAGACACGUUACUGCACCUUGCAGUCAUCCAUGGUGUGCCCUCUAUAGCACUCUGCUGCAUUGCCCAGUUACCUGUUGAGGUGUUGGAGAUCCAGAAUGACUUAUUCCAGACUCCUCUUCAUUUGUCGGUGUACCUGGAGCAACCCAGAGUGGUGCAAGCACUAGUCCUAAAAGGGGUGAAUACAGCUGUGCAGGACCGCAAUGGAAACACCCCACUACACUUGGCUUGUGAACAGCAGAAUCUGGAGUGUGUCCAGCUGUUGCUGAUGCAGGAACCAACCACCAAUAAGAACCCAAAGGGCAAAAAAACCCUACAAAAUCUGCAAAUCCAGAAUUGGCAAGGCUUGACUUGCCUACAUAUCAGCACCUUGAAAGGGAACCUACAACUGAUGGCUUUGCUGGUGAAGAAAGGAGCUGACAUUAAUGUUCAGGAUGGCACAAGUGGAAAGACACCUCUGCACUUGGCGGUGGAAAACCAUGACGAGAUGGCUGUGAAGCAACUCUUGAGAAUGGGGGCGCAGGUGGAUGCCCAGAUGUACAAUGGUUGCACCCCAUUGCACCUGGCUGUAGGCAGGAAGGAUGCUGCCAUUACUGCCAUCCUUUGCCAUUCAGGGGCUGAUACCUUGCUGCGGAAUAUGGAGGAUGAGACAGCACAGGACCUAGCUGAUGGCAAUGAUGAUAUCUUGACGCUCUUGCCGUUUGAUGACCUGAAGAUCUCAGGGAAGCCUGUGGUGUGCUCCAGUUGAGCACCUUAAGACUUGUGUGUGAAUAGUUAUUUUGGGAGAUGGUCAGUGAUCAAGCUGCUUCACGUUGACAGGAGUAGAGCUGGUCACCAGUAAAUCAUUCCCCUUGCUGCAGAAUGUGAGCCUUUGUGCCGCUUCAGACAUUUUUUGGGACUGCAGGAGGCUACGGGGGAAAAAAGUAGCCUAAGAAGAAAAUGGCCCCACCGGUCUGUUGAAUUUGCUCCUUGGAUGUUGAUGGGCACUUGACUCCUGUUCAGAGGGACGGGGCCUGUACUUGCUCUGUCUGCUGUGUCUUAAUAAGCAGAAACCACAAGGCUCAAGAGGAUGACUUUUUUCUCCAGACUUACACCGUAAAUAAACACGGUCUGAAUCCCCCUUCUUCCUCUUCUUUCAUGUCCCUGACAGAACUGUCGCAAGUGUUUUUCUGUUCCAUUUCUGCCCAGGAUGGCUUCUGUUUGAAAUAGGUUUUCUCUCCAGUCAAGUUGUUGCCUGCUGUCAUGUAGGCCUUGUGCAUUUCCUUCAGGGACUACUCCAGGCUGCACUGUUACCUGGGAGUCCAGAUGUAGAAUCCACCCUGCCUCUCACCUAUUGCCUCCUGUGGAGGAAAACUCUUUCAGACAGAAUUGGCUUGACCAGAACUUGCCUUUAGUUUCGCCCAGCUGCCUUGGCAGCAGACAGAAGAUUAUCUGGACAAAUAAAGUAUGAGGGGACAAAGAAAUUCUCAGCUUCUUUUGUUUCUAGGGCUAGGCCCUGUUCUGCUUCAGCUCUGUGUGGGACAGUAUGGCUGCAUAGCAUGGCUGCAUAGCAAAGCACUAACUUAUUGAAGCACCAUCCAACUUCUUGCAGCACUUUCCUCAAGCAAACAUAGGCUGGCAAUUUACAAAGGUCUAUGCUCCAGGUUAGCUUCUGGAACUAGAAUGGACAACGAGAUUUCAGUGUCUGUGCCUGUCCACCUGGGGUUGCAGGAGCCACCUUGUGCAUUGCCUGUGAGUUAUCUUCUUGAAUGUUAGCCUUAUGAGAGAUAUGUGACAAGACUCCGGGACAACUUUUCCAGCUUUUGCUCGUGAUAGUGGGAGAAGCAGUUCAUUGGUACUGUUUUUUACAUCCUGAUUUUUAGCAUUUAACACUGCCCACUGAGACAGUGUGUAAUCAGGUAUUCUUGCUUUGUCUGCGUUUCAAAAGUGAGAUUAUUGAUUCUGUCAUGAAAAUACUGUGAAACAGCUUUUGGAAGUAAAUGGGAGACUGGGAUCGUGUUAUUGUGCGUUAAGUUGGUGGUGCUUCCCAAGUCAGUGGUUCUAGUGGCUUAUGAGGUGGUAAAACUUUGUAUACACACUUGGCACAGCUGUAUAUUUGGGUCAUCAAAUGGUUGGAAUGAGAGUUGCUUACAUGUAAACCCUACUUGUGGACGGGGGAAAUUCCCAGCUCCUUCCCUCCCAUUAUUUGCAGCCUGGGAGUGGCUGUUAGUAAAGUGGCAAAUCCUGGAUGGCGCAAUCAGUUGGGAUGUUCUAGGGAGACUUUUUCUUUCAUCCUUCCUUCCCUGUUUUUCUGAAGACAGAUUAAGAAACAGCAGCGGCUUUCUGCAACCUUUUCCUCUAAAGGUCUCACUUAUUUUCUGUGUCUUGUUUCAGCUUGAGGCCUUUGUUACUGUUUCUGCCCUGUCCUCUAAGAAAUGUGUUUUUUAUUUUAUACUUUUGUUUCUCAAAAACAAAAUAAAGUUCUUAAACUGGUUGAA